AUGGGUCGAAUGGCUGGAAUUAAAUGGGAAAAGGCAAUGCAAUGUCGACCAAUUCAUAACAUAAUAUCGUCAGAUUUUCCUAAAUAUAACCCGCAACCAUGGAAAUUCAUGGAAGGUCCGUCACGUAUUCCAUGGUUAUUAUCCUACGAAUAUCAGCGAAUGUGGGUAGAAGAAAGAGAAGCAUGGAAAAAGAGAAUGUAUCCUGAGAACACAACUGUAAACGUAGAUAUUGUCAAACGUUAUGUUUUAACAUUUAAAUCGAAUCAUCAGCCACCGAAACCUGAACAGAAAAAGCCAUUUAAAAUGAAAAAAUUUGAGGGCAUUGGGAGCCGUACGAGCUCCAAACGACCAGCCAAGGACAAAGCCAUGAAUUUUAAUAAAAAUAAAGAAAAAAGCUAA